AUGGCCGGGGUCGCCGCCAUCCUUGGCCUCGCGGUGCUGCUGCCUGUCGCCACCACCUUCCCCUGUGGAGCCCCGCACUCAGACAACACCACAACGUCAAAGCUGCUGGGGAUGUGGCUGUACGUGGCCGGGGCUGCCCAGUUUCCCCAGCACAUCCUGGAGAUGCUGCUCAUCGACCACGGCCACCUCGACGUGGAGCCCCAUGCCAGCGAGCAGGAGGUGCUGGUCACCCAGCGCAUGGCCCUGGGGGACCAAUGUCUCACCAACAAUUCAACUUACUUCGAAAUCGUUGCCGGUAACACCACGCUGGUGAAGGACGCUCCCAAGGGCUGGGGCACCCCAGCUCCUGGGGAUGUUUUACUCAUCCAAUAUGAACUGCAGAGGGAAAGGACUUAUUUGGGACUGUAUCUCUAUGCCCGAAACCUGAGCGUGAGCACAGCCCAGCGGGAUGAGUUUGAGCUCCACGCCAAGCGCCUGGGGCUGAGCCAAGAGGAGAUCGUGUACGCGCCGUGGAGAACGGAGCUGUGUCAAAUCGAAGACAUCAAAAAAGGAAACAGCACGUGCACGGAGCCCGUGGCCACAGUCACUGCGUCACCUUCUCCGGGCACCCCCCAGCCCAGGAGCGUGGGUAACUAA